CAGCACACACCCCAUUCACUCUCUCCUAUCCUCCUUCCAUCUCUCUCACCCUCUCUCAACCUCUCUCUCUCUAUCUAUCUCUCUCUCUCUCUCUCUCACUGGAAAGUCAAGUAAGCGAUUGCAAGUUUUCAGCUUAGGCACAGAUCUCCACUGGACUGGACAGAGAAAGGAGGGGGAGAGAGAGAGAGAGAGAGAGAGAGAGAGAAGAAAAGAGAGAAAUGAAAGGUUUUAUACAUGUAGAUGUAGAGGGAAAGGGGGACAUCUAACUCAUUAGAUGCCGUAGAGUUUUCUGUUGUAUUUAAAGCCACCAAAAGAAGGAACAGUAAAAAGUAAAGUCAGUGAGCUGAGCUGUAAGAGGUAUGGGCUGCCAGGUUAUUUUUGUUGUUGUACUGUCUUCAUUAAUGUGCCUCUAUGGGGUGUGGACUCAGGAAUUGAGAGAACAAGAUGCACUCUGCAACGAGGAAGGGUGCUAUGUGCUUUACUUCCAGCGCAAGAUCUUCCUAAAUGCCUGGCGGAGCUGCAAAGAACAGGGAGGCAACUUAGUCACCAUCAGGCAGCUGAAAGAAGCAGAAAUGGUGAAUGAGCUUUUUUCUAAUGUUGAACUGAGGUCACACCAUAGAGGCAAAGUACAAGUCUGGAUUGGCCUUCAAAGGCAGCCUCGACAAUGUGCCCCUUCACGGCCCCUGCGUGGCUUUUCGUGGAUCACUGGAGAUCAGGACACUCAGUACACUAACUGGCUGCAAGAGGACUCUUCAAAGACCUGCGCAUCACCACGUUGUGUGGUAAUGGCUUACAGCACCACACCCCAUGAGCAAGGGGAUAAUCUGAAAUGGAAGGAUGGACCUUGUUCCAUUUCAAUGGAUGGCUACCUGUGCAGGUACACCUUCCGGGGGAUGUGUGCUGCUAUUACUAGUGAAGGAGGUGGUAAUACACUGUAUAGUACCCCUUUUAACCUGCUGAGUACCCUCUUAAAACAUGUUCCAUUUGGAACAGUUGCAACUGUACCAUGUCCCAUUAAGGAUGACCAGUCAGUACUCUGCACACAAAAAGAUGACGGAACUAUAGGUUGGAACAGGGAUCCUCCUUUUUGCUCUGAUGCACCUAAGGCAAGCUGGUGUGAUAACGACAAUGGAGGUUGCCAUCAAUUCUGCGUUGAAGAUGAGGGACACUACUCCUGUCAUUGUAAUGAGGGCUUUCUCCUGGCUCAGGAUGGGGUAAGCUGCUUUCCCUCUGACCCUUGCAUUGAGGCUCAGUGUGAGUUUGAGUGCCUGCCAGUGAUGGAUGGCUUCCGCUGUGCUUGUCCUGAUGGCUACAUGCUGGCACCUGAUGAACAAGCCUGUCUAGAUAUCAAUGAAUGCCUACAGAGCCCAUGUGAGCAAAUCUGUUUAAAUGCACUAGGAAGCUUUGAGUGUCUCUGCCGAGAUGGUUUCCAACCAGAUGAGGAGGGUGCAUGUGAAGAUGUGGAUGAGUGUGCAGACAACCCGUGUGAACACGAGUGUGAAAACACAUUGGGCUCCCAUAUUUGUCACUGCCAUCUUGGUUUUUCCCCAUUGCAAGAGGAUCAGAGUCACUGUCAUGAUGUCGAUGAAUGCCAAAUUGAAGGAACUUGUGAACAAAUGUGUAUUAAUUAUGAAGGAGGCUUUGAGUGCUACUGUGAGGAAGGUUAUAAUCUUCAGCCUGACCAAUUUUCUUGUAGCCCCAUCGAGGAGAACCUAGAGACUACCACAGCAACUGUCUCUGACCCAAGGAGUCCUCGCAACCCUAUAUGGGAUCCACAGAAUACUUUAUACACGUUGAAAUCUGCACCUGAGUCUGAAUGGAGAGAAUCUAUGUACUGGCAGACAGAGCCACCUAAUGUGAAGACAAUUCCAACAGAGCUGCUUUGGCUAGCUAGUACAACUGAGGAGGAACCUGAAAUGACAACACCAACUGAAAGCUCCCCUGAGAUCAAUCAUGUUGUUACAGGUGACUUUCGUCCAGAAGACCUAGUGGCCAAUGCCUAUUUUCCUCCCACCACUAUACCCACACCAGACUAUUAUGAGGAUGAGAGCAGCACAGUUCCCACAGUCCUCCCCUCCUCCACAGCAGCAGGCGGAGCUUGGAAUUGGCUCUGGUUCAGCUCAACCCAAAAACCAUCUGAGACAGCGGAAACAGCAAAGAACCCUUUCAACUUUCAUAGAGAAUAUGACUCUUAUGAGCAAGACCAUGAAGAUAGUGAAAAUGAUAACACUGAAUCAACCACCAUUUGGCCUGAUCAGCAAACAUCCACCCUGUUCCCGAUGCAUUCACAAGGAACAGAGGAGGACAGCUAUAAUGAUGGCAACAAAACGAAGCAGGGCCAAGCAAGCAUCUGGUUACUAGUUGGAUUGCUAGUGCCACUUUGCAUCUUCAUUGUUGUGAUGGUGGUACUGGGCAUUGUAUAUUGUACCCGCUCCACAGUUAAACCACAGAACAAGAACACCAGUGAUUGUUACCACUGGAUAGCUGGUGCUGGCGAUAAAGCGGCUGCUGAAAUCUCUGGUAGCGGUACUAAGUCCCAUGUUUAAGCAACUAGGACUGUGACUGGACAGUGUGAAAAUGUAAAUAAUGGUUGUUUUAAGACAUCACAGUUUCUGGAAUUCCAGGAGCAAUUAGAUGGAUUGUGGGUAGCACCCCACCAUUCCCAAGAUACAGUUUUUCAUCCAUCAUUUUUUGUGGAUGUUAAUCUAGACUAUAUGCUAAGUAGAAAAUGGAGGUGGGGGACAAAGAGGAAUGACUCUAAAACCACUGAGCAUCAUUCUCUGCUCUCCCAAGAGGCAAUACAAUUGUUCUACUGUUGCUCACACUGAUCUUUUAGUUACAGUUGCUCAACAGUCACAUUGUGGCAAAUGAGAGAGCAUAAUGGAGGAGGAUACUUAGCCUGGUUGAGUAAUUCAGGUCAUAUUUAUUUAAUUUGAAGAAACAUUCCAUAUGGAUAAUUGAGUUUUUGCCAUACUGGAGAGUCAUAUAUUAAGAGAUUUGUUAUGUAAGUAGCCAUAAUUUCUGUUUCCAUUUUGACAAUGUUAAGAAUUUUAUUCCAUGUUGUGUUAUCUGUCUGGUCCAGACCAAGACAAAUGCUUUAACCCACAGUAAUCAUGUGUGUAAACCGUUGAUGCCACCAAUUUGUGCCAUACAAACCUUGUAAAAUGAUGAGUCAAUAUACAUUGACACAAAAAGUAUCAUCUGUUUUAUGACAAUGAAUUGAAAGCUCUAAAGCCAGGCUUUUAGAGGCUUACAUGCUAAGCAGUUUUGUUUCCUCAUAAAGAUAAAACUUCCACCAAAGUUCCACCUUUAACUACUUCUUGAUUAUUAUCAUUUUUUUAAUUGUUCAUUAGUGUUGAAUAAUAAGGAUGAAAGGUUAAUGUCUUUAUUGUUCAGGACAUGCACUUUGUGUUUGAUGUUAUAUCUUAUGCAAAUUUAAAUAUUUGUUGUUUAAAGCCUGGUUUAUGCUUAAAACAUCCACUUGUUCAUGAGGGAUUGUGCACAGGAAGGGAUGUCAUUGUGGGUUUCACAUUGCCCCUGCAAGACUCUAUCUUGUAUGAUCACGCACAUGCCAGUUUUGGUAACUUUCCGCACAGUGCAAAAACAGUGCUUCAAUCCCAUUGGAUGAAUUUGAGGAAAAGAGGCAGGACAGAUGUGCCAGCACUUUUGAACCAGAAAUAAAAUACUGCUAAUAAAUCUUAAAAAGACAAGGUUUUCACAGUGAAAUUACCUUUUGCAGCUCCACAGUUGUUCUGGUUAAGAAAGAUAAGUAAGCCAACUUAUCCACUUCCUUUUGUACACUGAAUAAAACGGUCUAAACAAUACAAUAAAGUUUGGUUUUAUUCAUAUAUAACUGAACAUCUCUUGUUUAUUUCAUACAAUGUAAAAAUAAAAGCAUUUUUCAUAACGUAUUUAAAUGUAACAAUUAUUGUUAUUAUUUUAAAUGUAAAUGUCACAACCUUGAAUCUAAAACUUAAAGCACUAGUAUUUUAACUGUAAACUUAAAUGCUUAAAAACCUAUGGAGGGUGAUUUGAGUCAUUUAAGGGACCUGAUUUCUGUCUGACAUUCCAUUCCUGGCUGAAAUGGAAUAUUAGCAAAUGUGUUCCGCAUAAUUUAGUGAUUUGGGAUGGACAGAAUGCAAUGCAUAUUUUUUUUUCUGAAGCUGCGCAAACUCACACAGAUAUAACAAAGAUUUCCAGAUUACAUUUUAUUCCCGUUGUAUUACAUUUCAAUAUUUUUAUAUGUAAAAAAAUAAAUAAUUUAUGAAACAUGGUUCAACAAAUCAUAGGUCAAAAGAAAAUAUAAACGGGGUAUUAGCCACAAUCGCCUUCAGCUUGCUUACUGGGGUUCUAAAUACAAUUAUUAAUUAAUUAUAUCAUUAUUUAUUUUUAUACAUAAUUUACAAUCAUAUUUAAUCAAACUACACAAUAAUGACUCUAUGAUAACUACUUAGAAACAAUGUGUGUUAUGAAAAACGCUAUACAAAUGAAUAAAAAUGACUUAACUUAAUCCUCAUAAUUUUGUCUACACAACUGCAACAAAUAUAGCUUUUGACCAUGUUGGCAUGCUUCACAUUUUGAGUUGAGGCAAAUGGUUUUCUAUUUAGCUAUUGCACAUCUACAAGCAGGCAUGCCUAAUAAAGUGACAACUAAGUUCAUUAGAAUGUAUGCACUAUCCAUCACUUCCUAUAGUCUUAGAAAUGCUCUGUAGACUGUUGUCAGGAUUUCAUGCAGACAACAUCCAUAACAAGCAAUCAUAAUAUGGUCGUAAUAUGGUCUCAAGUGUACAUUUUCUAUCAAAUUUAUGUGCCGUUAAAGCGGAGCUAGAUAUCUGCCAUUCCCCAAAACACCAUCAGCCAAUUGUAAGAUUUCUGAAACAUUGCAUGCUCUUACUAUUUUCCUUUUAAGCUAAAUAUCCCUUCAUUUGAUGAAAUAUAGUGAUGCCCUAUAUCUAAAGUGCUUGGAUUGCUGGCAAGAUCAUGAAAUGCCCUUUGAGUAGUUCUUUGAUCUAAUAUUAGCUUAAUUUUCUCUUUCCAAGUCACUCUAGUGAGAGAUGUCUUUUUACAAAGCCUUUUUGUUUUCAGGAAAGUCGACCAGCACCUCAAUCCCAAAAUCUUUCCCUGGUUUCUGUUCUGUGUUCUUACACCACUAAGAAGAUGCAUGCCUUGUAUCUUGUGUUUGUGGGACAGAAUGAUUAAAGAUAACAAUUCUGGAGGCUUUUUCUGACAAUGUGAAGAUAAAUUCCAUGUCAUUCAUGAUCUAUCUGUUUCCACAAGCCCCUGUGCAGAUGUUCAGAGCACUGUGUUUUCCCAGACAGACCUCUUUGAUCUGUCAACCUUAUCAUCAGUCAACCUUAAAAUCUAUAGUGUUACCUGUCUCUCCAGCCAGGUCUCCUAAGCAUCCAAAUUGACCUGGUUGCUAGGGAGGGUAGAGUCACAUUGUGUGCUCCUCAUGGUCCCUAUAAUGUGGUUUGCUCUCGGUGGUGGGUUGUGUGUGGAUGCCGCGGAGAAUAUCGUGAGGCUUCCACACAUGCUAUGUGUCCAGGUAAUGCGCUCAACAAGCCACGUGAUAAGAUGUACAGAUUGAUGGUAAAUAGUCUGCACUUAUAUAGCACCUUUUUAACCUUAACGGUAUUCAAAGCGCUUUACACUGUGACACAUUCACCCAUUCAUACACACAUUCAUACACCAAUGGCAGUAGAGCUGCCAUGCAAGGCACUAGCCUGCCACUGGGAGCAACUUGGGGUUCAGUGUCUUGCCCAAGGACACUUUGGCAUGUGGAGUCAUGUGGGCCUGGAUUCAAACCACCAAUCCUGCAAUUAAUGUCCGACCCGCUCUGCCAACUGAGCCACAGCCGCCCUAUAUGGUCUCUGAUGCGAAGGCAGCUGAGAUUCGUCCUCCGCCACCCAGAUUAAGGCUAGUCACUAUGCCACCAUGACUUUGAGGCAUUGGGAAUUGGGCAUUCCAAAUUGGGGUGAAAAGGGGAGACAAAAUAAAUGAAAAAGAAAUAGUGUUACCUUUUGGCACUGUAUGUCUAAACUUUUGCUUUAAUGAUAGUAUUUAUUUGAGCUGACAUGGACAGAUGAUCCAUGUUAUCUAAACAUAAUUUAAGAAGGUUCCAAAGAGCAUCUUGUGUGCUUCAAUGGAAGCAAGAAAACCUGGCCUUUCAAACAAAGGAGUUCACAUGAUCAAUGUCACAAAUUUGCUCACAUUUGAUUUGAGGCAUAGACGUUGUGCAGAAUAUAAAAAAUGUAUUUGUUUUUGUUUUUCAUUUCUAGCUUUAUAUGAAAAGAAAAUCCCAGAUUUUCAUUGUCUUUUGGACCCCACUGCUUGUGACUGUAACUCA